AUGGCGGGGCGCGCGGUGCACGCCUGCCCGUCCUGCCAGCAGCUGCGCGGCCUCGCGGAGGCCGAGCUCGCGCCGGCGAGGCGCAGGGCGCUGAGCCAGGCGUGCGCCAGGGCGCAGCGGAAGAGGCGCUGGCAGGACGCACAGCCCGACGGGGCGAGCCUCUGCGACCCGCCCUGCGGAGACCUCCAGCCCGGGGCGCGGCCCAGGAAGGCGAGGGUGCUGCCCAGCGGGGGCCCGUCGGCCGACGCCCCGGCGGAGCAGCCUCCCGCGCCGCAGCCGGCGCGCGCCUGGCGGCGGAGGCUCGGCGUCGGGGCCCAGCCCGCGCAGCCGGCAGCGGGCCCUGCGCGCCCCGGCACCGCCCAUCUCGCCAUGGCCUCCGCGCAGGCCGCUGCCGCGGAGAAGACCGCCGCGGGGGAGGCCCGGUCGGUGGAGCACGUGGCGCUGGCGGACGAGGGCAGCGAGAGGUUGCGCCUGGCCGCGCGGGCUCUCUGGGCCUGCGGGCGUUUCGCCGCGCCCCUGUCGCAGGGAGCGGCGGGCCUCGUCCUCGAGCUCUGA